AUGACGCUGGAGUCCAUGAUGGCCUGUUGCCUCAGCGACGAGGUGAAGGAGUCGAAGCGCAUCAACGCCGAGAUCGAGAAGCAGCUGCGGAGGGACAAGCGCGACGCCCGCAGGGAGCUCAAGCUCCUCUUGCUCGGCACGGGAGAGAGCGGGAAGAGCACGUUCAUUAAACAGAUGCGGAUAAUCCAUGGCUCGGGCUACUCCGAGGAGGACAAGAAGGGUUUCACCAAGCUGGUGUACCAGAACAUCUUCACUGCCAUGCAGUCAAUGAUCAGGGCCAUGGAGACCUUGAAGAUCCUGUACAAGUAUGAACAGAACAAGGCCAACGCACUCCUGAUCCGGGAAGUGGACGUAGAAAAGGUCUCGUCCUUUGAGCAGCCCUACAUAAGUGCAAUUAAGACGUUGUGGAACGACCCGGGCAUCCAGGAGUGUUACGACCGGCGGCGAGAAUACCAGCUCUCCGACUCUGCUAAAUACUACCUUACCGACGUGGAUCGUAUCGCCCUGCCAGGGUACCUCCCAACCCAGCAAGACGUCCUGCGGGUCAGAGUCCCGACAACUGGGAUCAUAGAAUACCCCUUUGACUUAGAGAACAUUAUCUUCAGAAUGGUGGAUGUUGGGGGUCAGAGGUCAGAACGGAGGAAAUGGAUACACUGCUUUGAAAACGUAACCUCCAUCAUGUUCCUAGUAGCUCUUAGUGAAUAUGACCAAGUUCUGGUGGAGUCCGAUAACGAGAACCGUAUGGAGGAGAGCAAAGCCCUUUUCAGGACCAUCAUCACCUACCCCUGGUUCCAGAACUCCUCCGUCAUCCUUUUCCUCAACAAGAAGGAUCUGUUGGAAGACAAGAUAAUGUACUCUCAUCUCGUGGAUUAUUUCCCGGAGUUUGAUGGCCCCCAGAGAGACGCCCAGGCGGCUCGGGAGUUCAUCCUCAAGAUGUUUGUGGAUCUAAACCCCGACAGCGACAAAAUCAUCUACUCUCACUUCACAUGUGCCACAGAUACGGAAAACAUUCGGUUUGUCUUUGCUGCCGUCAAGGACACCAUCCUGCAGCUCAACUUGAAGGAAUAUAACCUAGUCUGACCUUGA